AUGGCAUCCAAGCAGUACGAAGAGGCAUUGCAAAAGGCAAACCUCAGCGACAUGGCAGAGAGAUACGAUGACAUGGCAAAGGAGAUGAAGCAGGCCGUGAUGGUUGCACACGAGGACAAGCACACCCUCAAUGUUAUGGCAAGAAACCUUUUUUCCGUUGCAUACAAAAACCUGGUGAGCUCAAGAAGGUCCAGCUGGAGAAUGCUGUGCUCCGAAAGACAGAAGGUUGAGGGAAAGGACCCUGGCGUGGUCCAUGUGAUUGAUGAAAAGAUAAAGGCAGUUGAGGAGGAGCUCCUGAGGUUUUGCGACGAGGUCUUGGACAUUAUUACGACAUAUAUACUGAGUCUCGAGGAUGCAAAAAAGAACAUUGAGUACUACAUCUUCUUUCUAAAGAUGAAGGGUGAUUACUACAGAUACAAGGCAGAGGUUAUCUCAGGGUCCGAGCAUGGAGAGGUGUCAAAGAAUGCAGGAGAAUCCUACAAGGAAGCCACAGAAAAGGCCAAGACACUUCCGCCCACAAACCCCAUAAAGCUAGGCCUUGCGCUAAAUUACUCAGUAUUCCACUACGAGAUCCUUAAUGAUUCCGAGAAAGCUUGCUCAAUAGCCAAGGGCGCCUUUGAUGAGGCCAUCAAGGAACUGGACACCCUUUCUGAAGAGCACUACAGAGACUCAACCUUGAUAAUGCAACUUCUCAGAGACAACCUUACUCUCUGGACGUCCAGGGAAGAGGGAAAUGUAAUGGGAGACGAGAGAAAAGGAGAUCUCGAUGAAAAUUAA